AUGCAUCCUCGGUCCAAACACUGGCACCUCAUAGAUUACAUCCUAGUGCGCCCAAAAAUGACCUCAAGGAUGUCCUUCACACCAGAGCAGCCUACAGUCCAAGAUGAGAUCGUCGACAGGCCCAGCAAGACCCUCACAUUGAAACACUCUGGGAAUCAACUCAAAGACUGCCAUCCUGCAAACAUCCGAAGAAGUUUGGUUGUUAACACCAAGAGGAACCAAAGAUGGUUCGAUGAGAAACAACCAAGAAACAAGUGGUGGACUAACCUCGCAGAGAAAACCCAGCUUUGCGCAGACACUGGUGACUACGGAGGCUUCUAUGAAGCCUUUAAGGCAGUAUAUGGUCCUACUCACCACGUCCAGAGUCCUUUGCGCAGUGCAGAUGGACAGGCGCUCUUCACAGACAAGACUUCCAUCCUGAACCGUUGGUCCGAGCACUUUCAGGUCCUCUUCAGCGCUGACCGCGUCGUCCAGGACUCAGCAGUUCUCCGCAUUCCUCAGAAGCCAGUCAUAGUGGAACUGGAUGUAAGUUCAAAAGCCAUAGAGCAGCUGAAGAGUGGCAAGGCAGCAGGAGUUGAUAGGAUACCACCAGAGAUCUGGAAAGAUGGGGGACCAACGCUACACAGCAAGCUCCACGAACUCCUUGUCUGUUGUUGGGAGCAGAGCAAGCUUCCAAGAGACCUCCGUGAUGCAGUCAUCAUCACUUUAUACAAGAACAAAGGAGAAAAGUCGAACUGCUCCAACUACCGGGGGAUAACACUGCUCUCUAUUGCGGGAAAAAUCCUUGCCCGAGUGCUUCUGAACAGAUUGGUACCCACCAUCGCUGAAGGCCACCUCCCAGAAACCCAAUGUGGAUUCAGGACCAACAGGGGCACCACAGACAUGGUGUUCGUCCUGAGGCAGCUCCAAGAGAAAUGCUGGGAGCAGAACAAAGGCUGGUUGUGUCCUGGCACCUACUUGUUCAGCAUCUUCUUCAGCAUGAUGCUCAAGCAGGCCACUGAGACCUUGAAGAUGACGAAGCUGAGACUGCACGCCCACACAAAGACACUUGAGCAGCUGAUCCGUGACCUCCUCUUCGCUGACGAUGCUGCCCUCGUUGCCCACACCGAAAGAGCCUUGCAGCGCCUAACUUUUGAAAAGACAGAGGUCCUCCACCAGCCUGCACCCCGGGAAGAGUACCGCCCUCCUCACAUCACUAUUGGCGAAACUGAGCUGAAAGCAGUUCACCAGUUCACCUACCUGGGGUGUACCAUCACAUCAGAUGCCAAGAUCGACAGGGAAGUGGACAACAGACUAGCCAGGGUCAAACAGCGCUUUCGGCAGACUCUACAAGAGAGUCUGGAACAACAGACAACUGACAAAGGGUACGAAGAUCAGCGUCAACAGAGCCGUCGUACUCACCACCCUGCUGUACGGCUCCGAGUCCUGGGUAACAUACCGUCACCACCUACGACUCCUAGAGCGCUUCCACAUCGCUGUCUCCGCACCAUCCUCAACAUCCAUUGGAGUGACUACGUCACCAACGUUGAAGUUUUCGAACAGGCAGAGAUCUCCAGCAUUGAGGCUAUGCUGCUGAAGUCGCAGCUUCGGUGGGCAGGGCACUCCCUCUAG